CUACUGCGCGUGCGCGGCGCUGCGACACACUCCGACCCCAUCCCGCGUUCCGAGGGGGCGGUGGGAAGCGGAAGUGCUCGGCUGACCCGGGCGGGCGGUUCCUAGUUCACACUAGCUGUUGUUGUCGGCCUCUGAGGUUUCAGGCUCUUGGCGGUGAAGGUCAGAGUGCAGACCUGAGACCACUGCUACACCGACUUCAGACUCCAGUUUAUCUGUGCCCCGGCUUCCUCACUUAGUCUCAGAAGACUUAGGCUGAGGCCCCAGGAGGAGAUCUCCAUCCUUUAUCAAGAGCAGAACAGGAUGGCCAUGUCCCAGGAAUCAUUGACCUUCAAGGACGUGUUUGUGGACUUCACCCUGGAGGAGUGGCAGCAACUGGACUCUGCCCAGAAGAACCUCUACAGGGAUGUCAUGCUUGAGAACUACAGCCACCUGGUGUCCGUGGGGUAUCUAGUUGCAAAGCCAGAUGUGAUCUUCAGGUUGGGACCAGGAGAAGAGUCCUGGAUGGCAGAUGGAGGGACCCCGGUACGGACCUGUGCAGGUGAGGACAGGCCAGUAUGGACACCAAAGCUUUGCCAGUGACCUUUACCCAGCCAGGUACCCACCACGUUCUUGCCUGCUCUCACUUUGUGGUUAACACUGUAAACCUCACACCAUUUUCUGUUUUCUCUACUUAUUUCUUCUCAGACUGUUACAAAUCUGACUUCAUACUACUUGUUAUCAGAUUCCUCCAUUUUUCAAUACAUCCUUCCCACUCAACUCUUGUUUUUGUUAUUAUCUCUUUACUUAUUCAAAAAAUAAACACACUCGAGAGGACAUUACUCCCAAGGUGGAAUACUUCAGUGAAUCAUAUUUUAGUCCUGCAUAGAGCUGCUUUUUCCGUGUCUGUUUUUCCUGUGGGCUGCCUACAAGGAUCCAGAAACUCUUCUGAUACACUGGUCUGCUCUUUCUCUCCCCUUCAUAGUACCCCCUUCACUGGCCCAUGGCAAAGAAGCCUGUUUAGAAUGCUGUUACUCUUCAGAGGGUGAUCCAUGAACCAGCAGCCUGGGCAUUGUUGGGGCACUAAGUAGAAAAUCAGAAUCUGAGGCCCCACUCUAGAUUUUCUGAAGGAGAAUGUGCAUUUCAACAAGCUCCCCAGGGACCCCAUAGACACAGUAAAGCUUGAGAAUCACUGCUCAUUAGAGAUUAAUUUCAGAGCAUCAGCUGUAGUCAGGUGCUGGCCCCAAGGACUCCUCAGAUGGCUUCCUCCAGAACCCACUCCUCAGCACACACACCUGUUCUCUGAGAUCCUCCCUGUGCUGGCAUUUGUGGCUCCCACCAUUCUGUAGCUUCCUCCAGGAAUGUUUUGGGUGAUGAUAACCUCUUUGUUGCUCAGUGUAAUUCCAUAUCUGCUGCUUAGAGAUUCAUCAGGAUUUCUAGUGUGCUGAUGGUAUGCUUCCUUUCUUCCAGUGAUGCCUGGAAUUGUAAUGACUGUGUGUCUUGUUCUGAUUUCAGUGCUAUCCUAGAAGGGAGGAAAAGCAAAUUCAGGCACAGUCUACCCUCCUGAGUCCCGAUUCCCUCAUAAGAAAAACUAUUAUAUUAAAAUACAGACAUUUAUAUAUUCAGUCUAAGAGUGCAGAACAGUAUAGGCUAAAAAGUAAUCUUAGGUGCAUUCCCAAUCACACCCCCCCAAGGGCAGCUUCUUCUAAAGAUUUCUCUUUUUGGUUCUGGUGAGCACCUCCAUAGGUUUAGGGAAUACCUUUAUAUCUGCAUUUUAUGGGUUUUCAGUUUUAUCUUCCCCCUAUGAAAAGUAAGGAUUUCCCUCACACUUUGGCCUUCCACUCCCCAGCUCUUCACAAGUUUGUUAUAUGCUCAUUUUUAGUUCCUUUAUUGGUUACAUUUGUAACUUUAAAUAAACUUUCUCAUUUUUAGUUCCUUUAUUGGUUACAUUUGUAACUUUAAGUUACCAUAUGCAUUUCAUAUGGUAACUUAAAAAAAUAUAUAGCUAAGUGCCAGUGGCUCAUUUCUUUAGCUCGAACACAACCCCUAGACAUAAGAGCCUACAUCUUGUUCUGACUUGUUCCAGUGUGGGACUGGUGGAAGACAUUCAAUAAAUAUUGCACUGAUUAAUUUGGACCUGGGCAGAGGAAGGAGCUUUGUUAUUCAUCCACAUACAAGUGGCUAAGAGCAUGGACUGUGGAGCCACAUAGCCUGGACUGGAAUUCUGGCCACUUUCCUCACUAGCUAUCACUGUGUACACAUUGGUUGGCCUCUCUACCUGUUGUGGGGCUAAUGAUAGAACUGAAUGAUUUUCAGAAAUUAAUGAGUUGAUCCAUGUAAAGCACCUAAAAGGGUGCCUGGCAUAGAGGAAACACUCAACAAAUGUUAUCACUGUUUUUAUUGUUGUUAUUAUCCAUAAAAAAGUUUUCUUUAAUUUAAUGUAGUGGUUGUUAACCAGAGAUGUAUUACAUAGUUACCUGUGGAUCUGUCAGAAUACUCAUGAGUAGGCCCCACUGUAGAAAUUGUUUCAGAAAGCCUAGGGUAGGCCUGGUUAUGUGCAUUUUGAGUGACACUCCAGAGGGUUCUGAUGCCCAUCUUUGGUUAAGAUCCACUACUUGAAAUAUCUGCUGAGAGGAAUUGCAAGGAAAUAGGAGACAGCAAUGAGCAUGCGAGCAGGAUGGGAUGGAAAGACAGGCGCACAUGGACUCACUCCUAGACAGCUCUCCAAACUCCCAGGGUUGGAAGCAGAAUGCAGCAGAAAGCAACUUGACUUUCUUCCCUGUUUCUCCAUACUUGAAUCUAUUUCAGGAACUAUAUUUUUCCCUCUGUCUCCUGGAUGAAACCUCUGGCUGGUCCCAUAAGUUCACUGGUCUUUCUGAGAUAAUAAAAAUCUUCUGGGAACUGUUCCUUUCAAGAGUAGCCUCAUUACAGUAAUGAAAACUGUCCAGUCUCAUGUAGUAGUACAAACUGAAAUUUAUUUCAAGUUUGUUGAUCUUUUCAUAGAAGUUUUAGCUUUGUUAAUUUUCUCUACCAUUUUUCUGUUUUAUUGAUUUCUUUUACUUUUAUUUUCUUUUUCCUACUUACUUUCAAUUUACUUUGCUGUUUUUUAUCUAGCUUCCCCCAACAUUUUAUUAUGAAAACUUUUAUAUAAAACAAGUAAAAGAAUUGUAGAUUGAACACCCAUAUAAUACCUCCACCCAGAUUUAUAAUAACUAUAAACAUUUUGCUAUAUUUAUCCCCUGUCCAUCUGCCAAUUCCUCCAAUUUCCAUCAAUUCGAUUUAUUUUUUUAUAGUGCGUUUCAAAGGAAGUUACAGAGAUCAGUACCCUUAACCCCUAAGUACCUCCACAGGCAUAUCAUUAAUUAGAGUUCAAUAUUUGUUAGUACUUUAUCAUUAGUACUCAUGAAGUAUUUUAAUAAAACAAAAUGCCCUUAUGGCACCAUAUGAUCUUUGGCCAUACAUGUUAAUGUUUGAACAUAAUUUUCUAUAUGUGUUUUUAUAUGUGAUCAUUAUAUAUUUAUGUUGAUGUGACUGCAUUCCUUUUAUUUUUUCAAAUGAAAUUGAUUAAGGUAUAAUGUACAUACCAUGAAAUUUAUCUUUCUUAGGUGUACAGUUGUAUAGUUUUGAUGAAUAUGUAGCUGUGUAAUUACUACUACUACAAUAAAAGUAUUGGACAUUUUCAUCCCCCACAAAAAACUCCAUGUUUCCUUUUAUAAUUCAGUCUCUCUCCUCAUCCCAGGCUUGACCUCUUUUCCUUCUAGUUUGAUUCUUUCUAGAAUGUCAUGUGGCUGGCUUCUUUCACUUACCUUAAUGUAUUUUAGGUUCAUCCAUGUUGUGGCAUGUAUCAUUUUGUUCCUUUUGAUAGCUGAGUAGUAUUCCAGUUUGUCUGUCGAUGGAUGAGUUAAUGCACAUUUGAAUUGUCCCGGGUUUUUUUUUUGGUUAUUAUGAAUGAAGCUGGCAAACAUUCUUGUACAGACAUUUCUGUGGAUCUGUGUUUUCAUAUCUCUUGGGUAAAUAUCUGGAGUGAGAUUGCUUGGCCAUAUGGUAAGCAUAUGUUUAACUUUAUAAGACAUUGGGCCGGGUGUGGUGCCUCACGCCUGUGCUCCCAGCACUUUGGGAGGCCAAGGCGAGCGGAUCACUUAAGGU